UACACGACGCGGAGAAGCGAUUUGCGCUCUUCGGGACUAGAACCACGAUAUCGUGUCGAGCUCCGACACCAGAAAGUUUUGUCCUCGACCGAGACUUCAGCGUAACGCGCCGUCGACUCCUCGCGAGACGACGAGAGCACCAACCGCAGCCACUUCGACUAUUGAGCCAACGCCGGCGGCAGCAGCAGCAGCCAGGCAGACAAGCCUCAUUGUUGUUUUCACCACCAGCAGCCGCCGCCGCUGCAGAACAGACAGACAGAUCCUCCUCGACAGCGACGACAACAACAACGACGACGACCAACACUACGACCAGCAGCGGGCACUGACUGAUUUUGCCGAGUGCGUUUCGUGCGAUCUUUGACAUCAGUAUUCGAACGGCUUUUCGUGUUCGAUCCAACGACAAAUUAAAGCUCAGAGAUGGAAAAAGACCAGCUCGUACAGCGCGCCAAAAUCGCCGAACAGGCCGAGAGGUACGAUGACAUGGCGGCUGCCAUGAAGCAGAUCACAGAAAACUCUCCCGAACUCACAAAUGAGGAGAGAAAUCUCCUGUCCGUUGCCUACAAGAACGUGGUGGGAGCUCGCAGAAGUUCGUGGAGAGUGAUCUCAUCCAUCGAACAAAAAACCGAAGGCUCAGAAAAGAAGCAAGCCAUGGCCAAGGAAUACCGCGAGAAGGUCGAAAAGGAGCUCACCGACAUUUGCAAUGAUGUGCUCGGUCUCCUUGACAACUUCCUGAUUCCGAAGAGUACCAACACCGAGUCGAAGGUGUUCUAUCUGAAGAUGAAGGGUGACUACUAUCGAUACCUUGCCGAAGUUGCCACGGGAGAUCAGCGCACAUCUGUCGUGGAAGAGUCACAGAAAGCUUACCAAGAAGCAUUCGAUAUCAGCAAGGGACAAAUGCAGCCGACACAUCCCAUUCGAUUGGGCCUCGCAUUGAAUUUCAGUGUAUUUUAUUACGAAAUUCUAAAUGCACCCGACAAGGCGUGCCAACUCGCCAAGCAAGCGUUCGACGAUGCCAUUGCUGAGCUUGACUCUCUCAACGAAGACUCCUACAAAGACUCCACGCUUAUAAUGCAGCUCCUCAGGGACAACCUCACGCUGUGGACCUCGGACACGCAAGGCGAGGAGGCGCCGCCGGAGGCUGAGAACUAAGCUUUGAGAGAACGAGAGAGAGAGUGAGCAACAGACAUUAACUAAACAGCAUACGAGGAGAGAGACGACGCAAUGUGAAUCGAUUGAGAGCGAUUUCCGCAAUCGGAGGAAUGAAGAACUUCAACUAGAUGGUGAUGGACCAGCGGGACAUGCGACAUCGUACGACACAUUCGAUUGGUGGGAUGGACAACUGACUGACAGUAGAGCGAUCGUCUUCGUCGGGAUACAUUGGCAGAAGCGCCAACAAUCAUUACCGAACUUGAAACGGAGACAAGUCUGAGCUUGAAGGAUUAAGAGACAAGAGUCGUCCUACGAUAUCGCUGUUGCUGGUUCCUCAAGACUAGGUGGGAGGGAAUUUAAGCCUCUCUGACAAAGUGAUGGAGCUCUCAGACGACAAAGAAAUAAACGAGGAACACUUGAACAGUUCUUGACCGAGACACACUAAGAAAGAAGAGCAGAUGGCCUGAUGACUGACUGCAAACCUUAUGAUUGAUAGUAACGAUGAUCGUGGUCGUGACCACGCCUUGCCGAUGAAGAUGAUUUUCAUUAUGAUUAUGAUUAUAUCAUUCCCUGCUGACGGAUGAUUUUUCUCAUGACACCGAUAUGACGGUAUCCUCCACUCCCCACAGCACACGUUUUGGUUCGAACAGACAGACAGCCAGUCAGACAGCCAGCCCCAAAACUUAAUUUUCGGAUGGGAUUUUCUUUGGAAAGCUUCUGAACGACGACGCGUCGGCUUGGGGCAACGAUGGUCACAAUUCGAUAUGGGUCGUUGCUAUCCGUCGAAAACUAUCGGCCCUGGACCCCCGUCACCGGGGAAGCGCCGCAGAGCACCGAACACUCCGACUCACUGGAUUGUGGACGAAGAAUCGACUCCUCGAAUAUGAUCUAGGCCGGACGAGGGAUGUUCGAGCUCCGUCGAUUCCCUGCAAAUGACGAGCAGAAUCUUCGGAAGAUUUGUGGAGACACGCUACGCGCCGACCGUUCACUUCGAGCAGAUUGUUUCUCUCGCGCGAUAAUUGAGUUAUUCUCUGCUGAUUUUCCCCCGGACGCGAACGAAUCGGGGACUGCGCGAAGUCCUCGUGCUGUCAAUUCCUUCGUUCGCUACAUCAGUCUCGACUCUCGACUAAGCGUCGUGACGCAAUCAGUAACAUCAACAGCAACUCUAGCUUUAAGCAGUCGUGGUUUCAUUUCCUAACAUUUGUUCUUCUAGUUUUCCCCGAAACACCACCAAACGAUUGAAAACACGAUUGACGAAUACGCCAUGAAAACAUACACAAGUUCGCAUGUGAUCGACGAUACAAAUGCUGUCGCGCGUGGUCACUCACGGACGUCUGCCUAGAGAUUCCUACUUGGGCAGUUGUCUUGCUGACCGAACGCUCACUUAUUCAUGAUUCCAUGAACAAAUCCGUAUUCCUGGAGCUCUCCCGAUUCUUUCGGUUCGUCUUCGAACUCGAACGAGGUUCGGUCGGUCGCUGCCGCCGUCCUCUGCCGUUACUGCCUUCGUGUGUUCGCAUUACGUUUGGCGGCGAUUGAGGGGGGGAGCUCUCGUCUCGAAUUUAUCAAAUAAUUCACAGCGCCACGUUCGGUGGCGAGUGGGAGAAUAAUUAUUCCUCGAGAAGAGUUCAAGUCAGUGGAACAAUCGAUGUUGACUCAUUUUGUUUAGAAUUUCACCAUUUGUUGAGUUUUCCACUUUUUUACGCACUUUCCUCGUUUCCCUCUAUUUCACAUCUUCAGCACUUCGUAUAUCCGUCGUCGUUUAUCUAUGGUCAACUUCAACUCGACUGUCGUCAAUCUUCUCAGCUCAUGGUGGGCAUAUGAUUGAAACGAUUGAUGUUCAUCUUAUCGAUGUGUCUCGUCCUAUGUCAUUCAUGUACUGUACUUGUAGGACUUUAUGCCGCUCUUGUAGCUCUGACAUGCUAGAGCGAACAGCUGUACGUUUAUGUGUCUCAGCACCUGCAGCCGCUGUCGAUAUAACUACAGGGAUCAAAUCAUUUUUUCGUUCGCUCAUUGUUUCGAACGGAGAAACGGAACUAAUCAUCUUUCUCCUCUGCGAACAACACAUUGGAAUACGAGAAAUUGGAAUCCCUGUGAUCGACCCACGCGCGCCCUUCUUUUUCGUAGGGUGCGUGGGGAGGUCGCACUCAAUGGGGAGAGUUUUAUGAAGAAGUUGAAAGCAGACAAACUUUCUAAAAUACUGACCAUCAUGAAUUGGCUCCGAAACCCCGACGGUUCCUGUUUUCGUCCCCAAACCUUGCCUCGGAUACUGAGUUUUCCGUUCAAUGUGAUGAAACUUUCGAGACAAAAUUCGUCAGAGAUUCUUCGGCAUCAGUAUUGCACUCGAAAAUCCUAUGGAGAAUAUACAUAAUAUGUGUGUUUCGGAUGAAACGGCAAUUUUUCAUUUUCUCUAAUUUCGGAGAAUUAGGCGAUCGAUGAGCUUUUUCUUCAGAAGACAGUGUUCUGUUGACUCGGAGUUGAAUCGAAAAAGAGAUCAAUAAACUCU